AUGGUCAAAUUCUUCACUGUGGACUGGCUCGCUCAAAGCCACUAUGAAAACAGCAGCGAAACUCGGACUCAGCCUAACGAAAGCGAAACGGAUAAAACUUUUAAACCCCACGUUCCCUGCAUGGUGCAACCUUCUGCUCCUUCGUACGGGAAAGGAUACCUCCAGCGCAAACCCAAAACUGCAAAGACUGUGGAUACAGAGACCAGCAUUGAGUCUGGCCUUUGCUCUCCUCGUUCAUCAUGCGCCUCGCCGAUUUCAGAAACAAGCGAGUAUUCCUCUGGCUACGAAAGCGAGGCGGCCUCAUCUGAGUUCUCAGCUACAGAUGAUGUCAGUGAAGCCGAGAAAGACGCACAGAACCAGCGCCGCGUACGCACGAAGUUCACACCGGAACAGAUCAACAAACUGGAGAAGAUUUUCCUCAAACACAAGUAUCUGGACGCAGGGGAGCGAGUCAAGACCGCGCAGAAGCUUAACCUCACAGAAACUCAGGUGAGGACGUGGUUCCAAAACAGGCGUAUGAAACUCAAACGGGAGGUCCAGGAUUACCUCACCCCUCAAGUCCCACCCAUGCUCCUCCACGCUUUCCCCCCGGCGCCGCAGUACCAGAGGCCGCACUAUGUUCACCCUCACCCCGCCACACCCGCUCUAGCCCCGGGCUUCUACCCUCUGCCCGUCCCCCACAUGCAGCAGCACCAGCAGCCCAUGAUGAUCCAACACUCACACUUCUACUGA